UUUAGCGCGCGAACAAAAGUUAUAUAAAACAAUAUAAUUAUAAUAAUAUUUGAGUACAAGUGAGGGGAAACCAAACCAAAAACUAAAAUAGAGUAGAUGACGGUGGAUUUACUUGUUCAAAUUUAAUAACGUACUCUGUGUUAUAGUCAUUGUUGUUUUGUUUCACCGGUGUAUUUUAUUUUAAACGUGUUUUGAACUCCGUCAUUUUAAAACUUACAAUCAUGGAAGAGGCAAUAUUGUUUCCUUCUCCAAAUUGGUUCCGAGUAUCAGGUUUUAUUGUGAGUACAGACAAUUGGUUGGUGUACGGAGGUCCGAGCAAAAGCAUUUGUGUUUUGGAGCCAUUGCCUUCGAAUACCGGUUUAUCUGGAGGAAAUUCGAGCUAUAAAGCACACGUCCUUAACAGAGCACACUCCGAGAAAAUUAUUAGUGUAGAUAUAUCACCUGAAUGGCCAGCAAAGCGAUCAAUGCUGAUGGGAAGUGCUGAUGGUUCAGUUAAGCAAUGGACAAUGGAGUUAAUACAAAAUACAUGGCGCUUUAAGUCUACACAGAGCCAUGAAGUGCAUGUACAUGAAAAAGAGGAAGUUUGCGGUGUAGGUUACUGCAACAAGACAAUUGCUGUAUCCGUUGGUUGCUACGGUAAUAUUGUGAAAUGGGAUCUAACUUCUAAUGUUGUAAGGAUGUGUAAUUUACUAAAAAAUAUGAAACCAAAUUGCAUGCAGUGCUCCCCUCACAUACCUUUACAAGUUGCUGUCGGAACCAAACAAGGAGUUAUAUUUGUUGUUGAUUUAAAUGAACCAUUUAAGUUGCUGUAUAAAGUGCGUGGACAAGAUGAUGAAAUUACCAGUCUUAGCUGGUGUCCACAGUUUGAAGUGGCUUUGAAAAAGUCAUUGAAAGAGAUGGACAAAAAAGUCGGCAAAGCAACAGAAAGAAUGCUUAGAAUAAGGCAAAUUGAUAAUGAAAGUGAUAACAUUGGUGAAACAGAAAAAUCACAACCAAACCACCAAACAGAAAGGUUAGAAGUAUCAGGUGUAGUUAAAAACCUACCUGAGGAUAGCUUUGAUGAAUCCGCAGUGGUGCAAGAAGAUGAUAUGUUUGAUAUUUAUAAAGAUCAUGAGGUUAAUGAGUUUGGUCAUAAAAAGUUUAUAUCUGAAGAUGUCAUUGUAAAAGUUAAGAAAGAGGAAGAACCACUAGACUAUUUAGCUGAAUGCGAGAAGCUCAGGGAUGUUAUUUUAAAAAGAAAGAAUCAGCCUGAAGAGAGUAUAGAAUCGUUAGUGCAAGCUUUAGAUAAAACACAUGUUGAUAAUGAGAAAAGUGAUGAUGGAGCCUCUAGUAGCAACAAAGAAGUUACUGUUGCAACUGAUGUUGAAUCUACUCAUAUUCAUAGGCAUCUUUUAGCUACUAUUGGAAAAUAUGGUGGUGUAAGAAUUUGGUCUAAAUCAGGUAAACAAGUGGCAACUUGCUUUGUGGCUUCAUCAACUGGGAAAAAUGCAAAAAAUAAAUCUCCUAGCUGGUCAACAAUAUUGUGGUACAAACCUGAUAUAUUGCUCAUAGCAGAUGCAAAGAGUCAAUUGUUGCAAUGUAAUCCUUUGAAAACAGACUGCAAAAACAAGUUAGAAUGGCGCAUUGUACACACACUGUACAAACGUGGCUUGUACUGCAUAGCGUCGUCUGCACCUCGAUUACAAACGAGUGAAUUAUCUAAAGAGGAUUACCCUGUAUGGACCGUAUCACAGGACCGUAACUUAAUCUCCUACUCACUGGCUACACGGCAAACAAUUGCAGUUCGCGCUAGUUGUGGAGGUUACAUUUAUGGCAUACAACAAUGCCCAUACGACGCUGGGAAAAUCGCUAUAAGUGUUGGUGAUGGUGCAGUCCGCGUGUGGGAAACUAAAGUAUCAGAGGAGAAUGAUUCACGUUUGGAGUUCGGCCAUGUGACAUCAUACUGGCAGAAUGUGCAGGGCAAAGUGCUAACAGCAGCAUGGCAUCCUGUCAGAGAAAAUUUACUUGCAUUCUCUACUGCAGAAUCGAGGGUUGGUUUGAUUGAUACGAGCGGUAAAAAUGAGAAGCCUGCUCGUGUGCUUCUGCCUGCUUUGAAUGGUGGUGUAUAUUCUCUAUGCUGGGGGGAGGAGAACAAUUUAUAUGCGUGUGGAGGAGGAAGUCUGGUAGUAUACAACACAAGCAAACCAGAUGAAGCGCCGGCACCGAUAACCGUGAGCGUGGAAGGUCAGCAAUAUGAGUUGAGUACCGGGCGUUGGUACCCGCGGGCGAUGCUCUGUGGAAGCGUGGGCGGCGCUGUGGCCGCGCUCUCACCACAACGACCACAUACUCUACUCGCAGCCACAUUUAUCUUCAGUAAAAUGAUCCACACCAUUGAGUGGCAUCCGUUAGAAACGUCGAACUCGACUGAAGAAUCUCCAUUCAAGAAUCUCAUUGCCGUGUGUUCGCUAGAUAAAAACAAUUCCAUUGUUAUAUUGGAAUACUGUGACAAGGAAGAUGGCAGUAAAGAAUUACAAACGUGGAAAACACUAACUGGUCAUAAGAAUACAGUCUAUCACGUGAUGUGGAACCCACACUUAGAUGGUCAGUUGCUCUCUGCCUCUCAAGAUGGCACAGUUAGAGUUUGGAACGUGGCUGAAGAUGUUUGUACAAAUAUAUUCGGCGGGCACACGCACACCGCACUAACGGCCUCGUGGUGCGCCUACCCGCAUCUCCCCACCAAGGUGGUGUCCGGUGGUACGGAAGGGUGCCUCCGGAUAUGGGACAUCAACGACUAUCCCGCAGAGUCUUAUACAGAAAUUAGACAUGAAGUAAAGCGCGAGAGGAAAAGAUAUCAGAAGAAGGAACCAAAAGAGUUAGAUGAUGAGGAAUCGAAAGAAAGGGUCGCCGCUACACUUGAAACCAAAAUAAAGGGACCAAAGAAAUUUUUAUUGCCAAUAGAAGCCAGACAGAUGUCCAAAUGCAACGUACAAGCCGGAAGGAUGUUACUCAAUAAAUAUCUCAACAAUAACUCCAAAUCGAAUGAUGUCGUUCAAAGCAAUGGCUGCGAUGAGGCGGUGGAUACAGAUUUUAUAAAAAUAUUUGGCAAUAUUAAUGAGGUUAAUGAAGUAUUAGAUAAAGAAUUGGAUAGACAUUUAAACACUCAUAACUUAGAGGGGUGGAUAAUGUUGAAUUUAUUCCGCGGCCACAUCGACACCGUUAUACAAUUCGCCAGCAAACGUGACCUGCUCUGCCCUUUCUUACUAAGCGUUGCACCGUGUGUCUCCUUAAAAUAUUGGAAAGAUACAACACAACUGUAUUUAUCACAAAUUGAUAGAGUUAUAGCUAAAGGCGAAGGUGAUAAACUAUUCGAUAAUAAGAUUUAUGGGGGGCCGGUGUACCGCAAAGCGGCCACAUUACUGAGUAUUCACGACAUAAAAGGUGCUGUUGAUGUGCUAGCGGAGGCACAGCUAUUUAAUGAAGCAUAUAUUCUAUGUAGAACAAGAUACAUGGACAGUAUAGCUGAUCAGAUAUUGGUGCAGUGGGCUCAGUUUUGUGAAAGCAACGGAGUUUAUAAUAUGGCUGCCAUAUGCUAUUUAGCUCAUGGAAAUCUACUUCAAGCUGCAACUGCUCUUGGAAGAUUAAACAAAGAAGAAUGGCUCAGUUUAGCAACAGAAAUUGCUAAAGUGGCUGGUCAAACUAAAUUCGCCGAGCAUGUAUCUGAGAAACGAGAACAGAUAAAAAAUAAAACUGGCACAGUGGAUACGGACGAGACGUUAGAACAGUUACCUACGAGAUUUGAACUUUUAAUGAAAGAAAAUUUACAAAGUGGUAAUGAAGUCAGCAAGGACGAGAAAACUGCCAAUGGUGUUUAACUUUUAAUUUUAUG